CGGCUGGGUUGAACCGGUAAUGCAUUGGCUCGACUAGCGGCCUGCAUUGCAUGCCCUGAGCAGCAGCUGCUUACCAGGUUCUAGAUUGUCUGGUAGCUGCUGUUACUUAGUACUACCCACCCACCCUUAGCCCUUCACCUCCUCCCAUUAUAUACCAACCAAACCAGUUUUUACAACCCAUCAAACUACACCACCAUGUCUGCCACUAAACCGCACCCUUCUCUCCAACUUAGCGGUGGUGGUCUUGACUCAUUUCUUCCAGCUUUCACCACUCUUAACCAACCAUAUCGAGCCUACCCCAUCGUUGGUUCUAACACCCAUGUGGAAACUAUCUUUGCUUAUUUUUUUAGAUCAACCCCUGAUGUCAGCUUACGCCGUGAGUGUCUCAGGACCAAAGAUAACGGUGCCGUUUCACUUGAUUGGGUCGUUGGUGAUGAUUAUAGCUUGCCCCCGAGUUCUCCUACCCUCAUUUUGCUGCCGGGGCUGACAGGAGGAAGCGGGGAUUCAUACAUACGGCAUAUGCUAAUGAGCGCAAGAAAGAAGGGGUGGCGCGUGGUGGUUUUCAAUAGCCGUGGUUGUGGUCAUGGCCCUGUUACCACACCUAAGUUCUAUUCAGCAUCGUUUAUGGGGGAUAUUAGUGAAGUAGUAGAUCAUGUUUCGAGCCGUUACCCAGAUGCAAAUUUGUAUGCUGCCGGUUGGUCUCUUGGAGGAAACCUUAUUGUUAGGUAUUUAGCUCAGGAAUCGGCAGGUUGCCGCCUUUCUGGUGCUGUGUCGUUGUGUAAUCCUUUCGAUUUAGUUGCCGCCGAUGAGGACUUACGUAAAGGAUUUAGCAUAGUUUAUGACAAAAUAAUUGCAUCUACACUGCGCGGAAUCUUCAAGAAACAUGCUCUUCUAUUUGAAGAAAUGAGUGAUGAGUAUAAUAUUCCAGCAGCUGCCAAUUGUAGAUCCAUUAGGGAAUUCGAUGAAGCGUUGACAAGCGUUUCUUUUGGUUUUAAAUCUGUGGAUGAUUACUACUUGAAAUCAAGUAGCUCGGACUCUAUACAACAUGUACGCACGCCUUUACUUUGCAUCCAGGCUGAAAAUGAUCCUAUUGCUCCGGCUAGAGGGAUUCCUCGAGAAGCUAUCAAUGCGAACUCAAAUUGUAUGUUGAUUGUUACACCAGAAGGUGGACACUUAGGGUGGGUUGCGGGUGAUGACGCACCCUUUGGAUGUCCUUGGACCGAUCCUGUGGUGAUGGAUUUUCUCGAAUAUUUAGAAAAAAUAAAAUCAAACUAUGUUUUAAAACCUGAGGAAAAGACCCACACAUUACAGGCAAAUGUAAAUUAAAGACGGUAUCAUAUAAUAUGAAUGUAGAAUGGUCAUGACUAAGAUUGUGACAUCGAUAAUUGAUUCGACAGCGCAAUCUUCGUCAAGUAAAUCUCGUUUCUUGCUUUAACAUUCUUGAAUCGAAGAGUUCAACAGAAACGGGAAAGUUGGCUAGCUUAUAUUUUGUAUUUUGUGAUAUUAAUAAUUAUUCUUAUUAUUAUAUCUGUGAUUUUUACUGGCUGUUAUUGGAUCCGCCCCAGACAAUGG